GCUGAGUGAACCAAAGCAUUUAAACUUCCUACAUCAACAAAAACAGCUGAUGACAAAACAAGAGGUUUUUGUGUUUAUAACAGAUGAAGAAUGAUGUUUGCGAGUUAUUGAAAAGUGUGAUCUGAAAUUACUGGAAUACAGUUUUCUAAGGACUGAACAAAACAUUAAAGAAAAUAUUUUCUUUGGUUGGGAGGAAGUUUCUGCAGAAAACGGUUACACAGCUAAUUGCCUUCAAAAGGGAAAUGGACUGUGAUGUUUUUUACGUAUCUCUCACUCUAACCAGCUAUUCAGCCAUUGAGUCCAAUUCAAUUUGUAAAGAACAGCGCAGAAGGAGAGUAUUUGGUUGAGAUAUAUAUAUAGCAGAACAUGGAUGGAGCACUCCAAGACAAAAAAAGAGAAUGUUUUAUCUGUCGUGAAGAAGAGCGAAAAGGCCAAGAAGAGCUGCAAAACUUUUGUGACUGCACAGAUUUAACUGUACACGGCCGGUGCUUGCUGACAUGGAUACAGAAAGGAUCAGGUAAUGACAAUCGGUAUAGAUGCAGCGCAUGUACAGCUAAGUAUCAUCUUCAGGAGGGAUCGGUAUGGAAAAAAUUCCUGUGUCAGUGGAAAAGUCUACGUGUCUUUGCUUUAAUGCUGGCAGUGAUCAUCACUAUACCUUUCUCAGUCCAUUACUUGGAAACACUGCCACAUCCACAGCCAAACCUGUUAUUUAAAGUUGUUGCGGUAUGUGCUGGCAUUAUCGCAGAGAUCAUCCUACUCAGAUGGUUCAUAGGAUACUGCUACAAUCAGUACAAUAAAGCCAAGAUAUCUUCCUAUUCAAUUAAGGCCAGACCUGUUGAGGAAUGUGGAAGAGUUGGACAGCCGAGUCUAGAAGCUCACAAUUCUUCCCUGGCUAUGAUGAACAGAACAGAGGGAGCAAGACAGACUGCAGUUUUACCAAAAGACGCCCUUAGCCUGAAGCUCUCCGUGUGACUGGAGGAGAGUCAGGACAGAACCCAAGGAAAGCCCAGAGGCAGAGGGGAAAACAGAUUGAUUUUCAGUGAGUCAUUUAGCUCCUGGAUUGGAUACAGCUGUCCCCUGGUGGCACUUUGGCUUGGUAUUAAUAGGACACGCAAACUAGGCUGAGUAGCUUAAAAUAAUUAUAUAGAGAAAUCCCCAAAACUGCUCACCAUCCAAAUGUUUCCUUUUGUGUGACUAUAGACUGAACAAAUUACAUUUACAUUAUUAAAAAUGAAAUCAUUGGAUUUACCUCAAUUUCAUGUUAAGCAGGAAACUGGCCAACAUUCAAAUCUACUGCCACUAAUGGGUCUGUGCUCGCCGUAUAAAUUUUGAGUGGGUGUUAGCACAAUAUCCAUUUGUCUAUGCUGCAAUUCAACAGGACCUUGGUUCGUAUUCUAAAAAAAACACGAAGUAGUUAUUUGUACAACUUCAGACAUGUUUUUAAUAUCCAUAUGCUUGAGUAACAGAAACAAAAUAUUGAGAGAACGUUACAAAUAAGUCAGUCCAAGUUACACAGCGCAUAUGUCGAUAUAUCAUUUUAAACCAGUUUUAAAGCACUUUAUUAAUGCUGCUGAACCUAAGUACAGUAGUCUGCAUUACAUAUACUGUACAUGAUGUGUCAUCUCUAUGUCCAUGCUCUGUUCAUGUGUACAAUUGCAAUUUUAGGUAUAUUCAUGUGUAAAGUAAAAAAAAAAAAACUCUAUAACCUCAAUUACUUAUUGUUGUGCCUUAAAAAAUUAGAUGUUGUCAUCAUAAUGAACUAAUACUCUGGAUUGCAGGUUAAUGUAAUAAAAUAAAGCCAUUAUUAAAUCUUCAUAUUUGGGUAGAAUUCUUUAAUCCAUUACAUUAUAUAUAGAACUGGUACAUAUUUAAAUGGUGUCCAAUAUUUAGUUCUGUUACUGAAGAAUUCUAAAUGCUAUCAUUCUUUUUCAUUUCUAAACUUACUAAGGAUUUUGGUGUAACAAAAUGGCUGCCCCUUGAAAAAAAGUUGAAAAGCUAAAAAAAAGUUGCAAUUAUGCACAUAAGUUAUCAAGUACAACUAAACAUACAUUACGCCAAUGUUCUAUAAAUACUGAGUAUAGAGCAAAUCCUGAUGCAUUAUUCAUGACAUUUAAAAUUACAAUUGGUGCAACCCUCCACCCCCCCCCACCCCUCUUCCUCACACACGCAGUCUAUUUACUAAGCAGAUCCCUUGCCCAUGGUGACUGGUGGCUAUGUUAAAUCCUACUGUUUAAUAAAAUGAACUGAAUUUCCUUUCCGACAUUUGAAGUGUUAUGUAGAAAUUAUUGUUCUUUUUAUGCUGUAUAGUUAUACAUGAUUUCCAUUGCAAGUCAUUAAUUUUAACAAGGAAUAUUAAAUACAGUACACAGUAACAUUUUAAGCAACACUGCUAGUGGUUUGAAACUAUAAUUAUCAAAGAUGGCAUAUUUUUGCAUAUAUUUCUGGUAUAUGUAAAUGUAAUACAUUUAUUAAAUGGUUUGUUUUAAAUGAGUUAAUUUUUAAUUGGUAUUUUUUUUUUUUUUACAUUUUGUUAAAUGUUUGCUUGUAUGGAUAAAAGGUAUAGAUUUGUCCUUAUCUUAAAGAUACUUCUUGUAAAUAAAUGUAUUGUUGUAUAUCUCCAGCUGGGGCAUGAAUUGCUGGGAAUGUAUCACUGGCUUAUUGCAGAUAUGUUUUCAGUUGCUAAAUGUGUUACUCUCAGCUGUGUAUUUCUAGUUUUAUCAUAUUUGUGUAUUUUAUAUAUUAAAAUAUUGUAGACCAAUCAA